CUUCUUCUUCUUCUUCUUCUUCUUCUUCUUCUUCUUCAUCUCCUUCAUCAUCAUCUUCUUCCUCUUCCUUUGGUUUUAAUAAUAUUGUUAAGGAGUAAUAAUUAUGGGAGGAAUUUCAAGCAUCGUAAGAUCAACUAGAAAUCGUGAUAGUGUGCCAACUGAUGAUAUGCUCUUUCCGUCAUUAAGGAACAAUCUUGAUAAUGUCUUUGAGGGAGGAUUAGUUGACGAAUUGAUUUUUGAGAGAUAUUUAAAAGAGGCUAUUAGAGAUAAUCGUCCUAAAGUAUUUGAAUUUUUGGUAAUUGAAUGUUUAUUUCAUCUACAUAAAACUGGGAUUAACUUUUUGCGAUCGUCCUUGAAAUUAUUUUACAUAAAUAUAGGACAUGAUAUAAUUGAAUUUGAUAGACCAAAAAUGCUAGAGAUUUGGGAAGAAAGAACGCAAAAUUUACUAUUUAAAGAGAGAUUCCUUGUCGAAAAGCUUUUAAGAAUUGCUGCUCAGUUGAAUAGAAGGGAAUGCUUUGAGAUUUUGGUAAAUUUUACUGGACUGGAGAGAAAUUAUAUGGUAUUCUCUCUCAUUAUGAAUAGUAAGUUUGAAGGAAAAAUUCAAUUUAUGGAUGAAUUGUUAUCAAGAUUCGAAGAUGAGGAUCAACUUAACCAGCAUAUAGUUAUGGCUUGUCUUAAUACCGAGGCUAGCAUUAAUGACAUCAAACAAGCUCUACAACUACUAAGAAUGGAAAAAUUGGACAAAAAAUACCUUAGUUACUAUGUUAUGCGAUGCGAUCGACACGAUUUACUCCAGCAUGUCUUGGACAUCGGCUUAAUAGAUUUCUCUGAGGAAGAUGCAAGGCAGUCAAUAUGUUUUCCUUGUAAAUUUCUUGAUUAUCUGUUAAGCCGUUUCCCCGACAUUUACAAGUCGUACUUUACUACGAUUUUAUCUUGCCACGUGAUGAAGAAUAUUCUUCCCGAAUCGUCAAGUCUGCUAGCUAUCUCUCAACAUCCCCAAUUUAGUGGCAAUCAAUUUCAUAGAAAUCUAUUUUUUGAACUAUUAUUUCGUCAUGCAUCUAUAUCUCUAUUACGUCCAAAUGAGAGGUUAAACAGUCCAAAAUGGCUCCACUCCUUUUGCGUGUUGUUGGAUAAAUCCGAAGAAUUCGGUGGAUUUCCCCGUCGAAUUAUUGAUUUCGCGUUUAACUCUCUAAUGAUGGCGUCUCUAUGUUUACACGAACGUUUUAGGUUGUAUUUCUCAAGGUUAAUCUCAACAUUGGUCUAUUACGGUUAUACUUUUACGUUUCUCGAGCUUCCAAGACGUUUCUUUGAUUUAAUAAAAGAGGAUGAAAUAUACGGGAAGACGUUGGAAUUACUAAUUGAAACUUCAGGACAAUUUAAUUUCAACUAUCUUUUAAAAGAAUCAACCGGAAGAUGCCGUCUAAUGACCCUUCGAGCAAUGGCUAUAAGAACAAUCCGAGAGAAGAUAAAAAGGCCAUUUCAAAAAAAUUUGAAAAACCUUGUUAAAAUUUGUAAUAUUCCCUUCUCAGUUGAAAAUCUUAUUAAUCCGGCAAAACAGGUAGAAAGAGUUGAUAUCCCUAAAAUUGACUUUGAAAUUAUUAACAAUAAAUUAUGUAUUGAAAAUGAUUCCGAUAUAUUUGCUAAAUCUCCUGAAUUUAUUGGAUUAUCCUAUAUUUGAAUUAUUGUUUAUUAAUAUAUCAAAUAAUGUCAAAAUGUUAAGUAAAACCUUUUUAUUUCUUGUUUUCUUUUUAGUUUAACGUUUAUUCUUGUCUGUAUAAAACUUUAAAUUAAAAAUAAAAAUAGUUAAUGAAGUAUUUUAUUUUUUUGACCCAUUUUUUUUUUCGUAUCUACACAAUCAAUCUACUUCUCUUCCUCGCGCGCUCUCUCUCUUCCUCCUUAUGCCUUUCUUAUCCAUUUAGAUUUUUUGAUAAGCAAAGGGAGUUAUCCAGUGGUGCAACUGCAGGAGAUACUAUCGUGACAAGUAUAAUAAUUGUAGACGCAUCACUGUUUAGAUUACUGGCAAAACCAUCUCUACUUUUCUAAUAGAUGCUAAAAUCACUAAAAAUAUCUUCUUAUAAAUGGCGUUAACAAUCACUAAUUGUCUUUAACAAGAUAUAUAAUUAAAACUAAUUUGUUAUGCUGUUUUAUAAUAACCUAGCUGAAAAAGACUUAUUCGAGUUGUUUUUUUUAUCAAUACUGCAAUUAUUCAUACUAUAUUGCAGUAGAUUUAUAUUAUAUUUCUCUUUGCACAGUCGGCGCUAAUUCCUAUAAUACUAUCAAAGUUAACCUUUAAAGAAGAUACUUGUAUAUCUUAUGUUGGACACAGCUCACCUAAUUGAAAACGGUAAAUCUUUAUUUAAUGAGAUUUGUUACCAGAAAGGUUAACGAUAGCGCUUCAUUGUACAAAAUAAAAUUAACUUUGACCUUCUUCUUCCACGACAUAAUCAUAGAAUUUAUGAGAUCUCUAAUGUUUCUUUUAUCUAGAUGAAAAACCUUGUUAUUCUCGUCACGAAUAGGUAAAAGUAUAUAUGGUGUCGUUCAAAUAAUUUAUUUAUUCUUCCAUCAAAACAGAGAGUAGAGGCGAAAGAUAAAAGAUUUGAAGAGAGAGAGAGAGAAACGUCUAUGUAAAUAGUCACGAAGAAGGUAAAAGAGAAAUCGCCAACUAAAAAUAGAAAGUAUAGAUAAUGUAAAAGUACAUUAUAUUUUAACAUAGACAACAAAUUCACCAUUUGAAACUUGGAAUUGUUUCCAACAAAGUCCAUGAAUUUGCAUAAUUUCUCGCAAGUUAAGCAUUUUUUCAACUAAAAAUGGUAAUUUCAAGUCAUUUAUCAUUUUCAUUAGAUUAUCAUGAAAUGGUUUUCUUAUAUUUCUUCUUAAAGUCCAUCUUGCCAUCUCUUUUAAUGACAUUAGACGUGCUUCUUUACGAAUUUUAACUAAUUUAUUAAAGUAGGAUUGAUCACUGGCUAACAUUAAUAUUUCGAAUGGAAAAUUUUGCUCUUUCAAAAAAUCAAAGCAUUCGUUAGUCUCAUCGUGUAAAAAUAGGAAAUAAUCAGUUGAGAAAGCGUGCCAUAUCAUUGUUGCAAUAAACGUAGUAAUCCUUUUCGAUUCGGAAACUGGAUAAUUUAGUCUAUCUUCAGCCUUUUUCUUUAAAAAGAGAUAUACGUAAUUCCGUAUCAAUUCGGAAAAUAUUGCACCAUCUUGACUAAAUCUAAUAAGAACGAAGAGAGAAUACCAGCAAUCGGGUCCUGAAGAAAGCUCUUGUUCAUUUUGAUAACAAGGUAUAAUAUUUGUAACGAAAUAAUCAAAAACUAUAUUCUUAUGCAUCUGACUUUUAAAAGUUUCUUUAAAUAUUGUAUAUAAAUUGUAUGAAAGUGGUUCUGGUUUAGUACCGAAUAAUCCAUGGUUUAUAUUCUCUAUUACUUCAAGAUAAAGUGAACCAUAAUGUUUUAAUAAUUCCUUUAAAAAUGUACAUUGACACUCGAGGGAUGCCAAAGCAACUGUUUCGUUAAAUUCGAAUACUUUAUGAUUCAUUAACUCCAAAAAAUAUUCAAAAUCUAGUUUUGGCAAUAAUAAUUUGAUAAAAUUUCUAAAUUGAUUUGUUGUCUUUUUAUGACAAGCCAUUAAUUUUCUUAAAUCGUAUAGAUCUAUCCUUUUUUCAAAACAAUUAGCUAGCAUUCGAAGUUGUUUCUGAGAAUUGGGUGGAUCAUUUAUUUCGUAAAUCAGAUAUAACCAAGAAUCUUCAUCAUUCCAAUUGUAACUUUUAAAAAAUAAUUUAGCGAUUUUUAUUUUAUCAUCAAACUUACUUUUUAAUAUCAUAACUGGUGUAUCUUCGUUCAUUCUUAUUAUUUUUAAACGCAUAAAUAUGUCGAAAUAGUCACGAUUCUCUUGCUGAAUUACUUUUUGAAACAGCAAACCAAAUAUAUCUUCGCAUUUUUUUAUAGUUUUUAACUUUCUCCAAAAUUCUAAAAGUUCUUUGUUAUUGUGAUUUUGUAAGCAUCCCUCAACAGUAUCGUAAAAUCCUCUUAGUUCCUUACGACUGUAUUCGCCAUAGACACUUUCCUCUAUUAACCAAUCUUGAUAAAUAGUCAAUUUACAUAACCAUUGAACUAUUAUACAGAUAAAAAAUUCGUCUUUAUUAAGCCUCAAUGCUUCAUAUAGACAUUUUUCUAGUAGAUCACCGUCGAUCUCCGAACAAUAGGCAACUAAUCUUCCGUGCAAACAUCUUAUAUCUUCUUCUCUAAUUGCUUGUAACAAAUCCAAAGCGAUUUUCUCUUUCUCCGUCAUAUAUCAUAAAUCAAUAUGUAACUAUUUCCUAUUCCUAGCCUAACUAUACAUAGAAAACUGUGCAAUUGGUUAAAUUUUAUAUGAUAAAACUUAGAAGUAAAUAAAAAAGGAUAUGGAAAAAAGCAGGUUAGUUUCGCAGAAAAUAUAAAUUGUUUAGUAGCGACAUCUGACUUAUUUUACCCGCAGCUGCUAAGUUAGUCUAUGAAAUUUGACUACCAAAUUCCGAAACUAUGCUUA